UCGUCGAAUGCAAAGUCUUGACAGAGGAGACAACACAUUAAAUUUACGUUGAUAUUUCAGUUUAAGUCUACACUUUCGGAAUGUUGACGGCUAAGAUUGUAGCUGUAGUUUGCCUACCGGUAUUGCAAUGCCAAGUGCUAACAUAGAACUGCUACGUUACUCGUCGACUGAAAAUAUUCACACAGAAUCGAGUCGUGGAGCGUUUCGGGGUAGCCAACUUGGCCGCGCUUUUCCCAUGCUAAAGCUAAGCAAAACGAGGGUUACUGUUGGGGAUAGCAUCACAGUUUAUUGGGACAUCCGUGAAACUUGUGGGGCGAGCGAUUGGAUUGGGCUGUUUGAUUUAGAUGGGCCCACAUCACUGGUGAACUACCUUGACUGCAAACAGAGGGGAGUAACUGGAGCAAGACGAGGGGCUAUCAAAUGGGUCAUAACUCGUAACCUAACAUUUACAGAAGUUGAGACCAAGUGUAUAUUCAAGUACGUCAGUGCAAACACAGAAACUGUGAGGGCCAUCAGCCCUACUCUUUUUGUACAUAACCCUUUGGCAGAGAUACCAGGUUCUGGUCGUUGCCGACGGCAAUCAAAUAUCUCCCAAGAAGUUCUUCUAGAAUUCUCUGUGUCAGGCCUCCAGGCUGAAGGACUCAAGAAGAACAUCUUUGGUCGACCCAGUCCAUAUGUCAAACUCUCUAUCAUUCCAUCCCGUCGGCAUUUUCGAUCUUGGAAACAUCACCAUGGGCAAAUCGCCAAGACGUCUUCUCAGAGCAACACAAUUGAUCCUGAUUGGCGAAAUGAGGAGUUUGUAUUUCUUGGUGGACAUGAUGACACCCUUGAGAUUGAAGUCAGGAAUAAGUUCUCUGGGGCUCGCCCUGCCUUCAGUAGAUUUUUGGGGAAACUGUGUAUUCCGCUUGGUGACAUAUUUGAUUCACAAGGUUCGGGGACUGAUGUUGUAACCAGACCACUUGGUAAACGAACUCCAACAGACCGAAUUCAGGGCACAAUAACCUUCGCCAUCUCUGUGAUGAACUCUUCGAGUCAUCCUUCAGUCCAUGGCGCAAAUCAACAAGAGAACAUCUCUCCUGGCAGAAGCACGACCCCAUCCCACCGUGGAGCGUCAUCCUGCAUGGUGUUGGCCAACCCCGCUCUUCGGUCAUCAGCACCCAACAUCCUCCAGCCGUUAGAUCAGAACUCCUCCGCUCUAGAUCCUUCAGACGAUUGCCCUCCUGCUGCGUCAGGCACGGUGGACGCUGUCUCUAGGAGGCGGCCACAUCAGAGGGGCUCCCGACCGUUCUCUGAUGUCUACAGCUCGGACUUUGUGCCUCUGGAUGCGGAUGAUCUCCCGCAUCGCCGUCGUAUGGCCCACACGGAUCAAGUGUCCAGCGGGCAACGUGAAGUUCCACGUGCAUCGGGUCUUGGGCAAGUCAUAGAGACUAGCCUAGAACAUCUUGCCACUCACGAGUCAACAGAAACCACGCAGCCGUCCGCCGAUGCGCAAGGAUCGGUAGAGAGGUGCUCCUUGUCGCGUGAGGAGGCCGCCGUUGUAGUGGAUCACGAUACAUCGCCUGUCACCGACGCUUUAUCGCCCAUGGAGACCUCUCAAAUAGAAGCUGUCGCAGAUGAGCUACAGGAGGAGGAAGAUGAAGACGAUCAUAUCGAUGCAGUGGAAGAAGAGAGUCCUGAUGCACCAGAGGAAAUCGAGGCAUCCAACGAGCAGGUGGACCAGCCCAUGGAAGAGCUUUCUAGAUACGACGAGGAAUCGGACACGCGAGUAGCUCGUGUUGAUGGCCCAGUAGAUUUAGACAGGUCCAGUGCCAUGUUAAGGGCAAGUAUUGCAAGUAUCGAACUGACUGAAGACUCCCCACUGAGAAUAAUCGAGGAAAGCGAGUUUGCUCGCGAAGAGGCUGAUUCGUUUUCCCCACGUAACCUGGCCGAGUCUGACGAGGAGUUGGAUGUGGAAAUCGAAGAUGAGGGGGAUCACAUGGACACCGCAGAAACGUUUCUGGACGCUGCCGAACAUCUAUCGGACGGCACCACAUCUCCAAUGGAGGAAACACUAUCUGUCUCCCCUAGCAUUUUGUCAGCUGAGACUUGGACUGCGCCCGCUAGCUGUGCUAUCCCGGUGCACAUCUCUGAUCUGCACACAUCGUUGUCAGCUGAGUCGUUACCUCUGCAUGCAGUCCCUAAUGAUAUUGCUCCAAUCAGAAUGUCAUCGAGCUCAGAUGAACUUAGUAGCGCCAAUCUCGAAGGCGACCAUGAAGAAGACGCGGCUUUGGUAGCUCUUAAUCCGGCCCUCGCGGAUUCUGAACUAACUAAUAAUGAAGGGGAUCCGCUUGUAAACAACUCGGGUAUAUAUUCAUCUAUAACUGGCGCUUCGUCUACGGAGGUCAGAAAAGAAGCGCCUGAAGAUCUGUCAGGGGACAUUGCCGAUGCUACAGAAUCUACUGAGACUCCUGCCGAGAUCCUGGUCAUGCCUUCGACCUCCAGCAAACGUGCCAUUACACGGCAACUUUCACUAAUAGAAACUGUCGAUCGCAUUGUACAAGAUAAUGAUCUAGCCGCAUCUAGACAUGUGGUUACACGGCGUGGUAGCGAGGGAACUAUCUCGCAGCCCAGAAAUUCUGAUCGUAUUGAAAUCCUCUCGGCUGAAGUCAUCGCUACUGAUGUAUCACAUAGUAGGAGCCACUCCGAGCCAAUAAAAACUUCCCCAACCGUCCGCCACGAGGGCUCCUCCCCUAGUUCCACAAUAUCACGCAUCCCGAUGGACAGUCCAUCUGAGCCAGUUUGCUUGGGUAUGACGCAAAUACAGGGCUCUUCCUCAACUUCAGAAAUGAUUAUCGACUCUCCAACCGAAUCUAGCGACAUGCCAGUAUCAACAACUGGGGCGUUUUGGCCGCGGUCCGCGUCCAUGCGCUCCAAUCAGGCAGAUAGACUCCUGGAAGAGAGGGUUCGGCCCAGCCGACCCGCACGGCGCUCCAAGCAACUAUCGCGGUCAACCAGCGACCCAAGGGGUUCACUGUCUAGUGAGCGCCCAGAGAGAUCUCGGAGACGACGCACUGAAACUGAACCUAGGGACAGCAGUCUUCCAUGUACUGCAUCAACCCCGGUAUCUCACGAUCAAAGCCCAAGCACGCUCAGUUCAAUACAGCAAGAUUCUGUCGUGCUCGCCACUAGACUGGUCUCAACUUCUGAAUCUACAUCAAAUACGGAGAGCCCACGCUCUUCUGUAGUUAUAGCAAGUGCGUUACCAGAAUCGCAUUGUUCUGUCACGCAAGUUCUCUCCCCCGGCCACGACUCUGCGGAGCAAAUCAUGGACGAACUUGAGACAGUUGUUGCAGUUCCGGUGGAAGUGAGUAAUACGGAGGCCUCUACCUCUGCGCCGUCUGAAGCACAUGACAGGACUGUAGUCGCCGCAGGGUUUCCCCUUUCUCCCGGCCCUUCUACUUCGACGAAUGUCACACCACUUCCCUCACCAAGAUUGCCGCAGCGGCCCAAUUACGAGGGUGACAUGAGAGAGCAGCUAGAACAGGUACUGACGAGGGAGUCAAGGGAAAGGUCCAGCUUGAGAUCCAGUCGGCCUACAGCGCCCUUGCCUACACCCGGCCACCGACCCGAACCUCAUGGGGCCCAGUAUAGCAGUGGCCAGGAGCAGUCUAAUAACGAGGUAGAGAGGGCAGACAGUAGUACUGUCUCGGGUAGCGACACUGGGGCCAUUCCCAGGCAACGCACACUAGACUCAAGAGGUAACAUAACACAGAUACUGCGCAGUUACAUCAGAGACACGCAGACCCCUAGUUAUAGCACCUUGGAGGCACAACCACAGCUGAGAGACGACGUGAUUUCCUAUGAGGACCGCUUGCCCAGUAACACGCAUCCGCUAGUUGACCACCGGGAUAACGAACCAGCAGUGGGCAAUGAACACAUCCGAAUCAGGGGGAGAAGAUGUCAUGAGGAUAAUUCACGCAGAUAUGAGCGUGCAGCACAGCGACAGCUUAACUUAGAUAACACGGCAAGGGUCGAGCAAACAAGUCAAGGGCAGCUAGGACUUCGGAGGGAGGAGGAACACACCAGGCAGAGUGGAUGGAGGGAACGGAGGGGAACUAGGAGUGAGGAGCCCUCAGAGGGAUCCACCCGUCGACGGUCCACCCGGCAUCACAGGGACGACCGACAACAGCCGCAGCCAGUACAUGUGCAGAUUAGGGAUCAGCCACCCGAGCAGACGGAGCAGGAGCGUGAGGAGCCGCCGCUCCCUCCCAAUUGGGAGCGAGGAGUUGACUCACACGGGCGGGUAUACUACAUCGACCACGCCAACCGAACGACUACUUGGAAUAGACCCACCAGAGAGGCUCCAAUUCACGAAAGCAGCAUGAACGACAUCAACACACACUGGCAGAGUCUAGACCGCAGAUAUCAGAGUUUUCGACGCACACUUCGAGGUCGGAACAGACAAGGACGCCCACCCCUCGCUCCCGGCUCACGUCCAGAACACCGCGACCAGGAACCAGCACCGGAACCUACGGACAAUGCCACGCCCAGUGGUCCUCAGAUCCCCUCAACGAGCCAGACCCCCGCAUCACCAAGUACGCCCGCGGGACCAAGCAUGCGCUCGCCUCCCUCAACCCCAAAUACCCUACCUGCCACUCGAACACCAAAUUCGGCACCAAGCUCCUCAGGCUCCGUCUCCCGUUCCCGGUCAUCUAGCAAUGCGUCGGGUACUGGGUCGAGAGGGCGAUCCAUGGCCGCCAGCAAUGCUGCACGGUCAGCGGCGCUGCUCAACUCGCCAGCAGUGAAGUUUAUCACGAGACCGGACUUUGUGGAUUUUAUUAAAAAUAGCGGGGUGGCAGGUCAAUAUUACUUCCAAAGCCAAAUGUUGAAGUUGAUCGUCUCCAAGAUUCGCUCAGAUCCGGCGCAAUUUGAACGGUACCGUCACCAAGUAGAGCUUGUCCGAUUCCUGAACCAGUUUGCCGACCCCCAGAUGGAGCUAUUUCCUGGCUGGGACAAAAAAGUGGACCAGAAUGGAAGGUUAUACUUCAUCGAUCACAAUACGAGAACGACGACCUUCAUCGACCCCAGGCUCCCUGUGAAUACCACGGACAGAAGACCACGACCAGGGCCUGAGACCGAGCCUCCUCGUCGAUCACGUGCCCCGCCGCCCAGGCCCCCUCCGCCAAGCUCUAGAGGGCACUCUCGAUCCGGUAGUACUGCGGGCUCAAGCCAGGCGCUCACCUACAACCAACAAGUCAUCGGAUUCCUCUCACAGCCGAAUGUAGAUGAGAUAAUUACCAAAAAGCAGCCGCAUUUCAACAGAAAUUCUGCGCUCAAGGCUACGGUCCGACGCGCUCAGAUUGAGGGCGAACGUGCUCUCGAACGUCUUUCAAACAAUGUGGACUUUGUGCUGUUACUGAGCUUAUUUGAGGACGAGAUUAUGUCAUUUGUACCUCCGGAGAUCAGUCAAUCGAGCAGUUGCAGCGGCCCAUCUACCCCGUCUACGUCACAACCUUCCAGUCCUGCUAGGGCCCCGAUCAACAGAGUUCCUGCAAUGAGCGACUCUAUCGCAAAAUUGCCCGGUGGCGCGGCAGGAGGUCACAGCGUAUCUGCGAGUCCUACUCCGUACCGGCGGGACUUUGAGGCUAAAGUUCGCUCAUUCCAUCGUCAGCUGUAUCACAAGGGAUACGGUCAAGGGCCCAACAAGAUCAAGAUGAGCAUCCGUCGUGAUCGUCUUCUUGAAGACGCCUAUGACCAGAUUAUGAAAGAGACCGCGAGAAGUCUACAAAGGAACCGCCUUGAGAUCCAGUUUGCUGGAGAAGAGGGGCUGGAUUACGGUGGCCCUGCUCGCGAGUUUUUCUUUUUGAUCUCGCGGCAAAUUUUCAACCCGUACUACGGUCUCUUCGAGUACUCGGCUAACGAUACGUAUACGGUACAGGUCAGCCCAGUCUCUCUCUACGUCGACAACUCGCACGAGUGGUUUCGCUUCUGUGGGCGAAUCGUUGGUCUAGUUAUCAUUCAUCAGCAUCUCCUAGACGCGUUCUUUACUAGAACAUUCUACAAAGCACUAUUGCGAAGCUUGUGUGACUUGAGCGAUGUCGAGGCCCUAGAUGCGCUCUUCCAUCAGAGCAUGACGUGGGUGAUUGAGAAUGAUAUCGAGGAUGUUCUGGAUCUCACAUUCUCUGUUAGCGAAGAGAUUUUUGGCCAGGUGACUGAGCGGGAGCUCAUUCCUGGGGGGAAAGAUAUCGCUGUCACGGAGCAAAACAAGGGGGACUACGUGGCGGAGAUGGUCAAAUGGCGCGUGGAGAGGGGAGUCUCGGAGCAGAUGGAGAGCAUUGUUCGCGGAUUUAACGAGGUGAUCGACCCAGCCUUAGUUAAUAUAUUUGACGCUCGCGAGCUCGAGCUUGUGAUCUCGGGCACUGCAGAUAUAGAUAUCAAGGACUGGAGACGAAACACGGAAUACCGCUCAGGUUACCAUGACAACCAUAAGGUAGUCAAGUGGUUCUGGAAAGCCGUGUCCUCGUUUGAUAACGAGCAGAGAUUACGACUUUUACAGUUUGUGACCGGUACGUCUAGCAUCCCAUACGAGGGGUUCGCCGCCCUGCGCGGUAGUACUGGCCCAAGGAAAUUCUCGAUAGAGAGAUGGGGUGAUUAUACUAAGCUGCCUAGGGCACACACCUGUUUUAACCGGCUGGACAUGCCGAUCUACCGAUCUUAUGAUGAACUUCUAGAGAAACUUACUUAUGCCGUGGAGGAGACUGGAAGCUUCGCUAUGCAGUGAUUAUUGAGAGAACAAGCCUUUCUUGUCGUGCAAGUUCAACUGUCAACCGGUGGAUUCACUGCAUGUUUUGAAAGCCCUCUUAUCAAACCGAUGCAGGGAUUUUCCUGAUUUAGUAAAGUCUGGUGCAAAUAUCAGUCAACAUUGCUGGCGAAGUCUCGCUCUUCUUACUACAAGACAAAGGUCAUGCUGGCAUCUCUUUGUCUUAUAGGCCUUAUACAGUCGAACGAGACGCCAGCAAUAUUGGUUAAUGAUAGCACUGUUUGCAUGGGACUCCUUCCCUCUUUUCGGAUGCAGAAAAGUCUCGCCUUGUGUAUGCUACGCCAGCCCUAUUUGGACUGUGACUUUGACUAGAAGUCUUUUAUGGUAUAGAGUAUAAAAGAUGAUAGGAACUUCUACCAAAUAGGAACUAAGGAAAAUAGUGGAUGGUUUUUAUGCCCAAGGUACUAGAGAACUAAAGGGUGUGAAUUUUCAGCCGACGAGAAUCGGCCACCGGUUCGCACGCUUUAUCUGGAAUACUAUAAAGAGAGGGGUACAGGACGUUGUAAAAGACUACAGUGAAAACGAAAUUUGAUUAUCACAAAUCACUUUGAGGAGAAUCUCAUAGCUUUAAUUAGCAAUGGUUUUAGUGAGAAUCUUUAUUGCGGCGUCACAAAAGAUAGCUAUAUGGAAAUUGAUUUCAAAUUUGAUCAGUGUAUAUACAAAGCAGAUUUAUGAAAUGAAAACCGAACGUUGUGAAUUGCUUGA